AUGACUGUAGACAUGGAAGACACAACUGUGUGGAACUUCAUGUUAGAAGCGUUAUAUAAGGGGGCGGACAAUAUAUUUCGGUGGCUUCCUGGUACGGAAGUAGACAGUAAUGGGCAACCUUUAGAGCCACGAGAGUAUCAGCCGGGGUUAUGGAACUUUUUAUACUCAAAUCACUUAUACCUGGCGAUCUUUGUUAACGUUCUAAAUAAUAGAAUAAAUGCAAUUGUUUCUCCCCGAAAUCCGAGGCCGUUGCCAAAAACAACCCGGUUGCUAAUUCGUUUACCAUGUUUUUAUCUAAUGGCAAAGUCUGCACUC